CUUCUCAUUGGAGACAGUUGACAAUAGUGACAUGACACGACUGUCAAUCAGUGUGAAGUGAAUUGAACAUGCGCUGGUGAAUUUCUGGUCGCAUCACAUUUAUUAUUUUGAUUUAAAGUAGAAGACUUAUCUAGAUAAAUAGUGAGAAUUAUGUGCUUCCAAUAACUUUACGUUACAUGUGUUUCUUUCACAAUACAAACUGCAAUCAUUUCUAAUGAUAUUGUGCUAAAAAUCCCGAACGACGUUGAAGUGAAGUAAAGGUAUACAAAAAUGAAUAAAGCAAACCCGUUAGCUGGACUGAUUGGUUACGGUGACUCGGAUGAGGAUUCCGAUGAGGAGCAAGUAAAAAAUGCAGUGGUCCCUACUACUAGUGUUAUAAGUGGUGCAACUACAAGUGUUCCUGUCGCGAUGCCUCCGCAGGCACCGACCGCUACAACUGCGGCCUUAGCCGCCGUGCCUCCAGGGAUCCAUCCUGCGCCAGUGCCUUAUUGCCCUUGGUCGGCAUGUUACGAUGAGAGCACCGGGUUCACAUACUACUGGAACCAGCAAACAAACGCUGUAACGUGGGAGGCACCGCCGGAGUACCUCCUAGCUGUGAAGAUUGCUCAGCAGCAGAUGAGCAGAUCAGGCUCUGCAGAAGUAUCAGCAGAAGAGUGGCAGUUGUACCAACAGGCGUUGGCCGAGAAGCAGAACAUACAGAACAAAGCCAAAGUGGUGAAGCCAGCAACAACCAUCAAGAACGAAGCUGCUCCAGCAGCGGGUAAAGAUAGAAAUGCUAAAGCUGUGAAGAGAAGAAGGAAUUCGGAUGAUGAGCCUGUGAAAAUCGAGCUCAUCACAUCAUACCACAAUUCAGACUCGGAGUCCAAUGAUGAAGAGAGUCCUAUCAAGAAGCCGGCACCUUCAAAAGUACCAGCAGUACAAACCAAGGCGAAAGUUCCCGCUAAGAAGCCAAAGAAACCUACAGUGGAAUAUGGACCAGCUCUACCUCCGAAUAUGGAAUACACCAUUCCUAUCGGUCCCGAAAUGCCACCAGAGUUGAUCAGUGAAAAGCCAAAAUCGCCCGUUAGUAAAAUUGAGACUAAUGUGGACUUAAAUGAAGAGGUUAAAAAUUCUCCCAAAGUGAACGAUGAAGAUAUGCAAGACGACGACACUCUACUCAAACGACUAAAAGACAAGGCGAGACUGUUGGAAAAAUUGGGCGGAGAAAUACCAAGCGAGCUGCAGAAGAUCAUCGAAGCCGAGACUCGCUCAAGAACGGCUUCCCCCAGAUAUUUAGAAGAGAACAGUAGAGACAGCAAAAUAGAUACUAACAUUGAUGAACUUUUAGACGAAAUCGAAAAGAAGGAACUGCCUAAAGUCAAAUCCAAAUCAAAAACAGACACAUUUUCCAAUCCAUCAUCACAGAGUAAUAGCCAAAGAAAUUCGCCUAAAAGCAAUAACGGUGAUUGUACACCGCCUUUAGAAGAUAGUAUGAAACCGUUAUUUCCUUGCAGUAAAAAUAUUGACGACACGGCACUAUUCCCAAGCACGGCUAAUAUUAAAGAGGAGAAAGUUAUUGAAGAGAAAGAAUUAAAAACAGAGCCGGUUAUAGAGAAAAAAGCAGGGAAUAUGUAUCUGAUGGACAGUAGUGAACCGAUUGAGAAUGUGAAUAGGAAAAAAUUGAGGAUUUCUAACUCGGUGUUGCCGGAACGGAAGAAAACUGAGCCGGUGGCCACUCCGGCUUAUACUACGAAGUAUUCUCAGCAUAUUGAAGGGUUUUCUAGUGAAAGAACAGGACUUGGCUUCACCAAAGAAGAAGACAGUCCACCGGCCCCAAAGAACACUAUAACCUACGGCAACGGUUUACUCUUCACGAAGGGAGAGGUUCUCAACAACGAAGCCAAGCAGGACUCGGAGCUGGAUGAGCACACGGACCUCGUGGAGGCUAAGCUUAAAUAUUUGAACUCGUUGCAAGUGUCCUCUCUCAGUCCCGUCCAAGAAAUGCUGAUACAAAUGCAGACGCUGUCGGCGGCGCGCGCGGCGGGCGCGCUGGCGGGCGCGUACUGGCGCGCGUGGGGCGCGGCGGCGCGCGCGCAGCUGGCGCGGCUCGAGGCCGGCGCGGCGCCGCGCGGCUGGCUCUGCGUCUUCCAGAGGUCGGAGGGCCGGUACAAAUACCGGCGGGAAUCCGACGGCUUCGAGCAAUGGGAGUACCCCGCCCAGGCUAACACCGACAUGGAGAUCUGCACCACGCCGCCGCACCCUGGACCACCUGCCAUGGAAGAGCAGGCGCCGCCGCCCGCGCCGCGCACGCCGCCGCCGCCGCUGUGGGAACCGCCGCCGCCCGGCACCGACGACGUGCCGCCGCCGCCGCCCCCGCCCUCCAUCGUGAGAUCCCAUAUAUACAUACAUGUUGCCAAGACUAUUUCUCUGGAUUCACCGAAACGCGAGAAAAAGCAGGAGAUUGGCGACGCGCUAUUAUCCUUCUACAACGACAUUGCUGAACUCGAGAAGACCGCCCCUCCGCCUCCCCCCGCCCCCUGCAAUCCUCCCCUCCCGCCCAACAUUCCUCCCCAAACUGUUAGCGCGACUUCCGAACCGCCCCCGCCUCCCGAAAUUGAAGAAAGGAAGGUAGAAGUUAAGAAAAAGAAGUCUAAAGUGAAGAUUUCUGCGUCAAUAGGGAUGAAACAUAAAACAGUUUCGUCUUUAGUCGCCAAAUGGCAACAAGUUGCCGAAGAGAUUAAUUCUGACUGAAAUAUAACGUUAAACUUAAGAUCAAAAAAUUAUGAAUAAAAUCUACAUACACACAUACAUUCAUACGCACACAAUACAUACAUCUUUAGUUGAACGACCUUCUAUUUAGUUUAACGAUAAAAUAUAAUUUACUAGCUGUGCCCGCGACUUCAUCCGCGUGGAAUAGUUAUUAUAGGCCCUCAAGGAUGAAUAAUUCUCCCCUAUUUUUUCACAUUCUCUAUUAUUUCUUUGUUCCUAAUAGUUUUAGCGUGAUGUUAUAUAGCCGAAAGCCUUCCUCGAUAAAUGGUCUAUUCGACCCAAAAAGAAUUUUUCAAUUCAAACCAGUAGUUUCUGAGAUUCGCGAGUUCAAACAAACAAACUCUUCGACUUUAUAAUAUUUGUAUGGAUUUUAUUUUAAAAUCAUUUUUAAGGCGUCACGUCAUGUUAUUCGCCAAUAAAAGUCAUAUCUGUGGUACGUUUGGCUAAAAAAGAGUACAUUGAUAGUUUAUUCUGAAAUAGGGCGGAAUGCUUCGAUACCAACAUUGAUAUACAGUGACACAAACCCUACAUACAUAUAUUAUGUAUGUAUAAAACACAAACUGUACUAAUAGUGACAUACCUGUCUUAAAAAAGUUAAAUCAGGUAGGUAUUUGAAAUUUUCACAAGUCAUUGCUAUACUUACAUAGGUUAUUGUACAGUUGUAUAUAUUUCUUAUUUAAAUAAAGAAUAUAUUUCUAUAAUAAAUC